AUGGCUGAUGUCGCUGCUGCCUCUCCUUUGCCCAAAAAGCGCGGUCGCCCUCCAAAGCUCGACGCGACAGGUGCUCCCGUGAAGAAAUCCAGCGCCCCCGAUGGUCCCCCUAGAAAAAGAGGCAGACCACGAAAGAACCCCAACGACCCCCCAAAACCCGUCGCCACGGGCCCAAAGAGAGGACGUGGUCGACCGAAGAAAGAUGUUUCUGAUACACCUAACAAAAUAUCGCGACUGAGCACUGAUGCUUCUGCCCCUCCCGCCAAGCGCGGCAGACCCAGAAAAUCGGAUGCAAACCCCUCUGCGAAAGCCGUCAAUGGCGCAACGGAGGACUCAUCAGACUUGACUCUGGAUAAAAUCAUUGGUAUUUAUUCGUUACAGUGUAGCGAGGUGGAGGAGAAUUGGCCGGACGAGGCUGAGGAGAUGGAGCUGACGAUUACACGGACGUCAGAGAGCCCGCUGGGAUUGAUUGGCGGGUUCAAUUUGGGAAUUAUUGAAGGCACGAUGCUCUUCGCUGCGGACAAGCCUACGCUAGACAAAUUUCGCGCCGUAAUGAGUAAGAGCGGUCGUGCUGCGCCGGUUCGUGGUGAGGAUGAUGCGGCCAAAUCUGCGACUGUGAAGGAUCGUCGGGUUUAUUUCAGCUGGCGUGGCCGGUCAACGAGUGAAGGAGAGAUACAUACUGAAGAAGGAACGUCGUCGCAAGAUGGAUACAUUGAUUUCACAAGUAACGAAGCUGUCACAUUUCAUGGGAUUGCGGGCUUUCCCCGGCUCGGCAGCAGUUGUGCAUUCAAAGGGACAAAAAUUGACAAUGAUGCUGCGGACGCGCCGCAGCCGUGGACCUCGUUCUCUAAGGUAGCUGCUGAGCAAUCUGUGGCGAACAGAUGGAGGUGA